AUGGCGGCGACAGCGGCGGCUCCGGGGCGGGCGGGGACGCUGAGGGCCCCAGCGUUUUGUCAAAUGAAGUGGCUGCCGGUGCUGCUGGCGGCGGCGGCGGCGGUGGCAGAGCAGCAGGUGCCGCUGGUGCUGUGGUCAAGCGAUCGGGACUUGUGGGUUCCUGCGGCCGACAACCAUGAGGGCCACAUCACCAGCGACAUGCAGCUCUCGACUUACUUAGACCCCGCCCUGGAGCUGGGCCCCCGCAACGUGCUGCUGUUCCUGCAGGACAAGCUGAGCAUUGAGGACUUCACGGCAUAUGGUGGUGUGUUUGGAAACAAGCAGGACAGCACCUUUUCUAACCUGGAGAAUGCCCUGGACUUGGCCCCGUCCUCUCUCGUGCUUCCUGCUGUUGACUGGUAUGCAGUGAGCACUCUGACCACGUACCUGCAGGAGAAGCUGGGGGCUAGCCCCUUGCAUGUGGACCUGGCAACCCUUCGGGAGCUGAAGCUCAACGCCAGCCUCCCGGCCCUGCUGCUCAUCCGCUUGCCCUACACAGCCAGCUCGGGUCUGAUGGCACCACGGGAAGUCCUCACAGGCAAUGAUGAGGUGAUUGGGCAGGUGCUGAGCAUGCUCAAGUCGGAAGAUGUCCCGUACACAGCGGCGCUCACAGCGGUCCGCCCUUCCAGGGUGGCCCGCGAUGCAGCCCUGGUGGCCGGGGGGCUAGGCCGGCAGCUGCUGCAAACGACGCCCAAACAGCCCGUGUCUGUUGUGAUCCACCCUCCUGUGAGCUAUAACGACACUGUGCCCCGGAUCCUGUUCUGGGCCCAGAAUUUCUCAGUGGCUUAUAGGGACAGCUGGGAAGAUCUGACCGGCAGGACCUUUGACGCCCCAUCUCUCAAUAUGACCGGCUCCUUCUGGAAUGACUCCGUCGCCAGGCUUUCACUGACCUAUGAACAACUCUUUGGUGCCACGGUGACGUUUAAGUUCACUCUGGUGAACCGCUUCUAUCCAGUGUCGGCCCGGCACUGGUUUACCAUGGAGCGCCUGGAAAUCCACAGCAAUGGCUCUGUGGCCUACUUCAACGUUUCCCAGAUCACAGGGCCCAGCAUCUACUCCUUCCACUGCCAGUACGUCAGCAGUCUUAGCAGCCAGGGCAGCAUCCUUGUGCCUGACACGCAGCCCUUCCUCUGGCAGAUGACGCUUGAGGAUUUCCAGAUCCAGGCCUUCAACGUGACAGGCGAGCAGUUCUCCUACGCCACUGACUGCGCGGGCUUCUUCUCCCCGGCCAUCUGGAUGGGGCUGCUCACCUCCUUGUUCAUGCUCUUCAUCUUCACCUACGGCCUGCACAUGAUCCUCAGCCUCAAGACCAUGGACCGCUUUGAUGACCACAAGGGCCCCACCAUCACUUUGACCCAGAUUGUGUGA